AACCGCAAGACACGCCCAAUAAAAAUAAGUUUGUACACUUCUGUUAAUUUAGAAGAGAAACGGUGAAAGAGAAUGGAGACAGAGGUGGAAACUGAAAGAUUGAUCACUAUGUUAUGUGAAAUUAAUACACUCACAGAAGACAUAUUAAUGGAUAAGCGUGAGGUAGUGGAGUUGGACAAGAAGAGGAACAAGUGUAGGGAAGCUCGUAGGAGCCUCAAAGAACAAAAAAAUGGAUCUAAGACAUGGGUCUGUUUCGGUAAUACAUUCAUAAAGACUGAUACAAAGAAGUGUCUGGAUAUGCUUGAGGCAGAUCAGGAAAAAAUUGACAAAGAAAUUAACAGCAUAAGAGAUGGUUUGAAACCAAAAGUGGCUAAUCUUCAUAAAAUGGAAGGUCGACCUGAAGUGAAAGGAUUUUACCUUUCUGGUAUCAAGAAAGAUGACCUAAUUUUUACAAACUGAAUUAUCAUUAAUUUUUUGAACUAUGAUUCACAAAAUCUUCAUUACUGCACACAAAUUAUUGAUUCAAAACAAGUCUAGCAUUAACAAA